UGUAACCCUCAUCUCACCCUCCUCUUCCCUUUCUACGCCCAACAAUAACCCCCUAGAAGAGACCCUUCUGAUGGAUAUAUCCUCAUUGACCACCCCAAUAAUAGAAGUCGGGAAGUAUCCGACAAAGCCUUUGUCAUGAUCUCAACCAACCAGACCUCCGGGACACACCAUUUGCUGUUAUCGGACAACUCCUUACAGCAAUCAAUCCCGAUAUGUUUUCAAUAUCCCAACUCCACGAUCAUCAAACGCAUCAGUCAAUUCAUAUUCAUCACUUACACACCACCAACCAUGCCCCCACCCCGCCCCCGCAUCUACACUCUUUCCCCCAGCACCACCCACCGCCUAGGCACCCACCCCCAAUCCAUCGCCCCCAUCAUCCGUUCCGAACUCACCAAACCCACUCCAUCCCCAUACAUCGUCUUCAGCCACGUCCCCCCCACCUUCAUCGACAAAUCCAAACACAACCCCCACAAACACCUCGGCACGCCCUCCACAAGAAUCACCUACGACGAAGUCUCCCGCAUCCUGAUCGUCAAGAUCCCCUCCCCGCUACACACAAGAGCCACAGCCGCGUUUACUUACCAGAUCCUCGCCUCUUUAGAUAAUAUGGGACUUUUAAGCGAAGUGAAUAAACGACGAAGAACAAGAGUUACGGAUAUGCUGGUAUCCAAGGAGCCGGAUUCGAGCUUCGCGCGGAGAGAUUGUUCGGAUGGAUGGCCAAGUGUGGUGGUCGAGUGUGGCUGGUGGGGGAGUUUGGGGCAUUUGAGGAGGGAUGUGGAGAUGUGA